AUGAGUUCUUCGUAUUAUGUGAACGCGCUUUUUAGCAAAUAUACGGCGGGGGCUUCUCUCUUCCAAAAUGCCGAGCCGACUUCUUGCUCCUUUGCACCCAACUCGCAGAGAAGCGGCUACGGGCCGGGCGCCGGCGCCUUCGCCUCCACCGUGCCGGGCUUAUACAAUGUCAACAGCCCCCUCUAUCAGAGCCCCUUCGUCGGCUAUGGCCUGGGCGCCGACGCCUACAACCUGCCCUGCGCCUCCUACGACCAAAACAUCCCCGGGCUCUGCAGUGACCUCGCCAAAGGCGCCUGCGACAAGGCGGACGAGGGCGUGCUGCACGGCCCGGCCGAGGCCAGUUUCCGCAUCUACCCCUGGAUGCGCAGUUCAGGACCCGAUAGGAAGCGGGGACGCCAGACCUACACACGCUACCAGACGCUGGAGCUGGAGAAGGAAUUCCACUUCAACCGCUACCUGACGCGGCGCCGCCGCAUCGAGAUCGCCCACGCGCUCUGCCUCACCGAGCGCCAGAUCAAGAUCUGGUUCCAGAAUCGGCGCAUGAAGUGGAAGAAAGAGCAUAAAGAUGAGAGCCAGGCUCCUCCUGCGGCCCCCGAAGACGCCGCCGUGCCCUCCAGAGUCUCCACGGCAGCUGCUGACAAGGCCGAGGAGGAGGACGAGGAGGAGGAGGAGGAGGAGAAGAGGAAGAAGAGGAAUAAAGGGCCAGGCACAGGGCCCUGGCUGCACAGGACAGGCCGCUGGCUGCCUGGCUGUGGCUGCCUGGGGCGGAUUAUUUAUUGCGACCGUGCUGGGAGCUCGCUGCUGCCACGCUGUGGCCGUCCCCGGGACCGGCGCCAGCAGCGACCCGCCUCUUCGAGCCUGGCGCGACUGCUGUACCGGCCCCUCAGAGAUCCCCCAGAAGCAGGGGAAGGGGGGCACAAAGGGGGACGUGAGGGGCAGUCUCCCGGGGUCUGUUUGGCUGUGAAACCUCCCUGCUUCGGCUACCCAUGA